UGAGGGGGGAAAGAUACAUACCUCUAUCCGCCACUUAGAUCCGUCGCUGGCCAUUGUUAGUUACAAGUUGCUAAGUAAUUUUUUUAAUUCGUUGAAUUUGUUUCAGGUCUCACUGCGGGAGAUUUUGCAAAGAAAAGAAUUGUGGCGACUUGAUAAUCCUAAGGCUCAAGCUAUUACCAAGCUUAUUGGAGAAAUGAUAUGUUUAGACUUGCAGCCAUACUGUAUUGUUGAAGAUAAAGGUUUUACCCGACUUUUAAAGAAUUUAGCUCCAAACUAUACAAUACCUAGUCGAAAGUAUUUCUCCACAAAAGUCAUUCCACUGAUGUAUGAAACCAUAAAAGCCAAAGUAAAAUAUGAGCUUGAUCAAGCAGAUUUCUUAAGUUUAACUAGUGAUGGUUGGACCUGUCAGCACACAAUUCAAUCGUAUUACAGUUUAACAGCUAGAUUUGUAACGCAUGAGUUUACAGUUAAACAUGUCAUCUUACAAGUUACACACUUCCCUGAGUCGCACACAGGGCACAAUAUAAGUAAAUUCAUAAAUGAAGCGCUACAAUCAUGGGAAAUUCCCCAUGAAAAAAUUCAUGCAGUUUUAACUGAUAAUGCAGCCAAUGUCAUGGCUGCCAUUAAAGAGUCAAAUUUAGGCGAUAAACAUCUUCCAUGUCUGAUACAUACUUUACAACUUUGUAUUCAGAAAAAGAUUUUUAGAGAACAAAGAACAGCAAGUGAUACAAUAGCUGUUUUUCGAGCAUUAGCAGGACAUUUCCACCACUCAUCUAGUGCUGUGGCUAAACUAAAGUAAAUUCAAAGUCAACUAAAAUUGCCAGAGCAUAACAUAAUUCAAGAUGUUUCCACAAGAUGGAAUUCGACAUACUAUAUGCUUGAAAGGUUCAUUGAGCAGAAAAAAGCUAUUACAUUGUAUUGCAUUACCAGAAAUCAAGCAAAUGCAAAAAAUCCUACGGAAAAUCAAUGGCAACUUGCUGAAAUGCUUGUAUGCAUAUUAAAACACUUCGAAAGUACUACAAAAGACAUGAGUAAAGAAACGGCAUGUAUAUCAGAUGAUGCUUGUAAAUCGCGAUGAUGCUUGAUCCUCGUUUCAAGUUAAAGUUUGUUGAAGACAAGAAUCAUAAUAUGUUUAAAGAAAUACUCCAUUUAGAGUUCUACCGUUUUUGUUCCAAAUCUCAUUUAGAACAAGUAAAAGAAAUUGAAUUUGGUGUAGCAAGAGGUAGUGGAUCAGACUCAGAAGAAUCAUUAAGUUCAUUUUCAGAAUCUAAAAUUCAUGAGUCCGACUCAGAUUUUGAUGGCCAUGGCUCUCGAUUAAAAAAAAAAAACUAAUGAGCAUGGACAUAUAUAGCUUGUUCCACCAAAUCGGUGCAAAUGAGUAUGCUCUACAAAAUUCAGAAAAUUCUGACGGACAGAGAAAAAAGAUAAAAAAACACUAGUUCAAUGGGAAAAACUCUAACUGUCAAAGAAAAAUGCACCGAUGAAGUCAACUUCUACUUGAGCCUUCCAAUACUGCCAAAGAAUGAAUGCCCUUAUAAGUGGUGGAGUGCAUACCGUUACACUUCCUCUGAUAAAAAUACUUACAAGUUGAAUUUGUCAAAGUUUUCAAAGAAAGUUUUGUGCGCGCCUCCUUCAUCUGUAAAAAGUGAACGCUUAUUUAGCACAUCUGGAAACAUAUUUGAAGCAAAAAGAAACAGACUAUUACCCGAACAUGGAGAACAGAUUGCAUUUUUAAAUUGUAAUAUGCCUGCUUUCAUUGAAUAAAUUUUUAUUAACUAAAUAAUAGACUGUAGCUUCUUAGUUCAACUGAUUCAACUUUUUAACAAAAUUUAAAACAAAUACCAAAUUUUGUGUUCAAAUUAAAAUAAUGACUACUUUUAUAUUUUUACAUUUUACGUGUUUACAUUUUUAUAAAUUCUUUCAAAGAAUAGACCAUAAUUUACCUUAAGUAUCAGUAAAUGUCUAAGAUUUAGUGAUGUAAUCUUUCCUAUACCUGCUAGAUAUAUAGAGUUAAGACUCUAAAUUUCACUCUCUAAAUUUUUGUACAAAAUUUGUUUAAAUUUUUUAUAAUAUUGAUUUUGUUUUAUAAUUUUCCUAAAAUGGGCAUGUAGGCCAAAACAUUGAAACCUAAAACAUUGAUAUAUAAUUUUGAAAGCAACUUGAUUAUUCAAACCACCGUGGUGAAGUAAAUUGAGCUUUAAAUU